UAUCGUACCAUUUUGGAGAGUGAGUAACCUCCUAUUUGGACGAAAAAUAGUACACCCGGUUAAUUUUAUCCUAAAAAUCAUAUGAAAAAAAGUAGUGGAAGGUGGACCAUUUUGGUAGAAGAAAAGUUAACCUAAAAACAUAAAAACAAAGCUCAUCCACAGCUACAAAACUUACACUAUGCUCUGCAACAUCGCUGCCCCAAUCAAUGGCACAAUUAUUGCUUUCUUUAGGGGUAUACUCAUAAAUCUCUUCAACACUUUGAGAAACCCACUUCCAAAUUCCCUAAAACCCACCAAACCCAGAUGGAAGGAGCAAGAAAGGCGCCAUUUUUCCCACCACAAUUGUGGGCUGCAGCGUUGGGGUGUGGAGUCGUUGCAUUUUGUUUGGUGCAAUUGGGGCAUUAUUGCACUUUGGUUGUGGUGGGUGGCUUGUUGGUUUCCUUGGCUAUGGCGGCGGCUGCGGCGGUGGUCACGUGGAUCACGGUGGUGGUUUUCCUGGUCCUGAUUGGGAGGUCGAGGCAGAGGGUGGUGGCGGAGGGGAGGAAGAUUAGUAAAGAGAUAAUGGUGGGGCUUGUGGUGAAGGUGUUGUUGAAGGAAGGCAAGGUUUUGGGUGGGCUUUGCGGUGCUGUUUUGGGCUGCUUGGCGGUAGCUUGGGGUCCAUCCCUGCCCAUUGCUCAUUAUUAUGCCGCUUCGGAUUGGUGAUUGUCUAAGGAUCAAGUUGUUGGCGUUUGGUGGAGAAGUAGAUAAGCUUAAAUGAGGUUGCUAUUAUAUUUUUGGGGUUUCUUUUUAUUCACUUUUUGUUUGGUGCCUUUCUUUCUAGAUCAUAAUUAUUGAGUGGAACCACUGUUUCUUGUUGUUAAUCAUCUCUUCUUGUCUAACAUGGAUGCCUUCCCUUCAAGAAUUAGUGUUUUUUCGCCCGAUUUUGAGGUGGUUGCGCAUGCACUGAUUGUAUACAAUGUUAUAUCGAUCAUAUAAUUGUGACGGUUAACUAUUUGUUUU